GGUGCAAGACGAGGGGAGGAGGCUACUGUUGCCCCAGCAACAACCAGGGAGCCCAAAGGCGGCGCAGCUUCGGAGGGAUCCGCAACUGGGGUCUCUUGCUGCCGGGAAGGUCCUGGGAGAGGCACGAGCCAAGGCUAGGAAGUCAGCAUCCGCGGAGAGAGGGACAGGUCAGGCCCAUGAACUGCAAUCCCUGCCAUCUCUUGGCCCGACCUAACCGCUAGGUGCUUUGAGGGCUAUGGCUGAGGUGCACGUGAUCGGGCAGAUCAUGGGGGCCACCGGUUUCUCGGAAAGUAGCCUCUUCUGCAAGUGGGGCGUCCACACAGGGGCAGCAUGGAAGCUCCUGUCGGGGGUCCGGGAGGGCCAAACACAGGUGGACACCCCCCAAGUAGGGGACAUGGCCUACUGGUCCCACCCCAUCGACCUGCACUUCGCCACCAAAGGCCUCCAAGGCUGGCCUCGGCUCCAUCUCCAGGUGUGGUCACAGGACAGCUUCGGCCGCUGCCAACUUGCAGGCUAUGGCUUUUGCCACGUGCCCAGCAGUCCAGGCACCCACCAGCUGGACUGCCCCACAUGGCGGCCCCUGGGCAGCUGGCGGGAGCAGCUGGCACGGGCCUUCGUGGGUGGCGGCCCGCAGCUGCUGCACGGGGACGCCAUCUACAGCGGGGCCGACCGCUAUCGCCUGCACACGGUGGCCGGUGGCACCGUGCACCUCGAGCUGGGCCUGCUGCUGCGCCACUUCGACCGCUAUGGUGUGGAAUGCUGACCCUGACCCCGCUUGCAGGCCCUUAUCACACCCGGCUACUUCUGGAGGGACAGGAUGUCCCAGUGGUCAGAAGCGUGGGUCCACAGGCUGUCUGAUCUGACCCCGGCCAAGGCAGGCCCUGGCUUCUGUCCUGGCUAGCACCUCAAGCCCAGCGGCUGCCCCUCUCAGGUCCAGUUUCCCCGUCUGUAAAAUGGGGGCAGUGGAGCGUGUGAGGUCACAGGGUGUUGGAUGGAGUACUCAAUAAAGAAGAGCAAUUCUUA